AUGUUAAUUUUUCUGAUUCUUCUCCCAGGCCUGAUUUUUUGCUUUGAGCCAAUAGAAGUUGCAAAUUCUCUGAUUUUCAAAGUUUAUUUGAAUAUUCGAGAGGAAGAUCAUGUCAAUCAAUAUUUUCACCCAGAAUUUCAGCACAAAAAUUGCUCAGGUGAGCAUAGAAUGAGCAAGACUGAAAUCAUCGAAAAUUCCAAGAAAUUGAACCGAAUUUUCGUGGAAAAUAAAUCAGAUCGCAGCUUUUUUCGAGUUUUUGAUGCGAAAUUUGACGCGGAUCAUGAUGGCAAAUUACACUUCAAAGUUCAAAAUAAAAAAGAUUUUCCAAAAUAUUUCGAAGUCUAUGCUGAGCAACGAAAACAAAUGCCACCGGAAAAUAUGAUUAAUGAGCAAGAUGGUUGGAUGUUUAUGUGGCAAAGUGAAGUUUGUUAUUGUAAUUAA